AUGCCAAAGGUGCGCUCUCGAUUGCACGUGCGGAGAAGUGCGGGGAGACCUAGACUGGAGGCCAGCAAUGGUGGGGCUGUUCUAUCAGAGGAUCGUCGAGAUCAGAUCCGACGUGCUCAACGGACCUACAGACUCAAAAAAGAAGCCACUCUCGAAAAGGCCAAGGAGCGUGCAGCAGAUCUUGAAGACAGGCUUAAUAUGGUCGCUACCGCAAUCGUUGACUAUAAAGCUGUGUUUCCGCCUGAGCUAAAAUCUAGCUAUCCUGCGCUUGUUAGACACCUUGAUUGCAUAAGUGACCUUUUAAGCUCGAAUUCUGAACCUCUUACACAGCCAAGGACACAAAAUAGUACCCCAUCAAGUGUUGAUUCUGAUAAAGAUGUUUCACAGCCUAACAAUGACACUGCUUCUAAAGAUAUCCCUAAGAUAAAUUGUGGAUGCUUGAAGGAUUACCAACACACGAAGCACCAGGAGCCUACAGAAGACUCUGUGAAGAAGAGACCUCGACAUGUGUCUUUUAGUGAUGAACUGGAAGACAAUUCCAAUGGCCGUUCAACACGAAUUCAGCAAAUCGCACAACUACACAGCAAAGACAUUCAUUACACAUACUCGUUCCAUGAAAAAGUCUUCCGCCGGAGGCUCCAGCGUUACAGUCUGGAGUAUGCCUUUCGCUUAUUCACCGAUGCACGGUCCCAUCCACUUGAGGUUUACAGAGUAUUCAGAUUGGUUCCUUGCAUUCAAGACAAGACACAAAUGUAUCCUUACUUUCGGAAAUUAGUCAGCGCCGGGGCAAAAGAAGCAUUGGAGAUACCAAACCUUCCACUUUAUUCAAUCGGCGGCGUUGGAACACAUUAUCCCAGGAGAGAUAGUUUGGGAAACCCCAUAUAUCCUGCUAAUAUGAGGACCCCUAAGCGAGUCCUCGGACUCUUCCAGCCCCUAGGAGGAAUGGGCGAAAUUGGCCAAGAGCCAGAUCAUCAGAAAUUCUUAGAACUGUGCGGAUAUGGCGGUGAAUGGUUUGAUAGCCGAGAUGUGGAAGGAUACCUUAGAGAACAAGGUGUGAAUCUGGAUACGUCUUCUCUCUUCCCCUCCUCGACUGAAUCCCAAGGACAAAAUGGAGAUAUGCAUUCUUACCAGACGACAAAUGCCUAUGAUUCCCACACAUAUGAAGAUACCAAUGUUACGACCUUGUCUGGGUGCCUCCAAAGUUUGCUACUCCGUGGAGUUGUUAUCUUAGGCCGGGCGCCCGGUUUUAGACGGACUGACGUCGAAGUAGCCUUUAAAUCAGCAUUGACGAUACACUGA